CGCUCGCCGUAGCCAGCGCGCGCCUCCCGCGCAUGCGGGGCAGCGCAGCCGCAGGGCCCGGCCGCCGCGGGAAGGACGUGGGGGCCGCGCUGAGGAAAGACAAUCACCAUGUCAUCUGCACUGCUGCCUAAGCCGCAAAUGCGGCGCCUUCUGGCCAGGAGGAUGAAGAUGCACCUAUUUGGGGCAUUUUUUGUAUCUCUGGGAUGUGCAGCUUUAUACAAGUUUGGAGUUGCUGAACCCAGAAAACGAGCUUAUGCAGAGUUCUAUAAAAACUAUGAUCCUAUGAAGGACUUUGAAGCCAUGAGAGCAGCUGGUGUGUUGGAAUCUGCACCACCCAAAUGAAGGCAGCCUGUAUUUACAGAUCCCUUUCAGCCCAAGGAGCCUUGCUGACCCAACGUUAGUUGUUCAGUGCAGUGUCCAGGGCACUGCCCUUCAGUGCAUGACAUGCUCUGAUGUUUCCCAAUAAAUAAAAAUGUAUGUCACUGGC